AUGUCUUCGAUUUCCGUUCUUUCUUUCUUGGACAAAUGGACAUCGUUCCUCUCACCCCCCAACGCACAAGCGGGCGUUUUGAUAUACUUCUCGGUUGUCAUCUUUCCAACGGUUUCUUGGCCGGGUGUCAAGACUUGUUCUAGGAAUGUCAACCCUGCACAAAGACGACUUCUUCGUGAUUUGAAACGGCUUCAAUCAGAUCCACCUCCAGGUAUUUGUGGUUCUCCUGUUGACGACAAUGUUAUGGUUUGGAAUGCCAUUAUAUUUGGACCAGACAAAACUGCUUUUGAGGAUGGGACAUUCAAACUUCGUUUAGAUUUCACGGAAGAUUACCCCAACAAGCCCCCACGUGUUGUGUUUACCUCUAAAGUUUUUCACCCAAACGUAUAUACUGAUGGUAGCAUAUGUCUGGACAUCCUUUCGAGUGCUUGGAGUCCUACCUAUGAUGUACUAUCUAUACUGACAUCUAUCAGUCCUUUCUGGAUGAGCCAAACCCCAAUUCACCAGCUAACAGCAUGGCAGCUCAACUUUACUUAG